GCUUGCAGCCAGGAAUAACAACGGGCCGACUUUUUUUUUGUGUGUGCGAGGAAAGAAAGAUUAGCAAAGAAAGGGGGUGGAAAUUGAUUGUUUGCGUUGGCAGGUUGCGGGCGGAUAGUGAAAGAUAAAUAGAAACGCAGCGAGCGCACGAAGGGCUGAAAAUUUACGCAUCAAGCGACAAACACCGGACCGCACGGUUGUACCCCGCGUAUCACACACAUCCCUCGGGAGCGAGUAAUGACGUAAAUAAUGCGCCGAUAGAGUGUUUGGGACUGGGAAACGAUCAAUCGCGGACACCAUAAGUGCAUCCAAGUAGUGCAAAUUGCAAGAUGAAUCUGGCCGAAUGCAAUCCGUACGGCAAUGGUUUGCUGUACGCAGGGUUCAAUCAGGAUCAGGGUUGUUUCGCCUGCGCCACCGACAGUGGCUUUCGCGUGUACAACAGUGAUCCGCUGAAGGAGAAGGAGCGUCAAAUCUUCACCGAUGGGGGGGUCGCCCACGUCGAGAUGCUGUUCCGCUGCAACUAUCUCGCCCUCGUCGGGGGUGGCUUGCGGCCACUCUAUCCGCCGAACAAAGUGCUCGUCUGGGACGAUCUGAAGAAGGCGCCCGCAAUCUCGCUCGACUUUAACGCCCCCGUCAAGGGGGUGCGGCUGCGGCGGGACCGAAUUGUGGUGGUGCUGGAAGGCAUCAUCAAGGUGUACGCCUUCACGCAAACGCCGACCCAGCUGCACGUGUUCGAAACGUCCAAAAACCCGCAGGGCCUGUGUGUGCUCUGCCCGAACAGCACCAAAUCGCUGCUCGCCUUUCCGGGGCGCCGUACCGGGCACGUGCAGAUCGUCGAUCUGGCCAACACGGAGAAGGCGCCGCACGAGAUUAUUGCGCACGAGACAGCCAUCAGCUGCAUUGCGCUGAACCUGCAGGGCACCCGGUUGGCGACGGCCAGCGAUCGGGGCACGCUGAUACGCAUUUUCGACACCGGGAGCGGUGCGAAGGUGGCCGAGCUGCGACGCGGCUCGAAUCAGGCCAAAAUUUAUUGCAUCAACUUCAAUCAUCAGUCGACGUCGGUGGUGGUGUCGUCGGAUCACGGCACAAUCCACGUGUUUAAUCUGGAAGAGCCGAACAGGGGCCGGGAUGGCGGCUCGUCCGGUGGCGGCGGCGGUGGCUCGAGCUUGCUGACGCGCUACUUCACCAGCCAGUGGUCGUUCUGCAAAUUUUCCAUCCCCCAAGGACCACCUUGCAUAUGCGCGUUUGGAUCUGAGAACAAUUCGGUGAUUGGUGAGUGUUGUGCACCUGGGAGUUUGUGGCUGUAUUGUAUAUACAUUUACGUUGUGCAUUUCAGUGAUAUGUGCGGACGGACAUUACUACAAGUUUGUGUACAACAGCAAGGGCGAAUGCUCGCGGGAAGUUUGUACCCAGUUUCUCGAAAUGUCCGACGACCAGACGUAAAGCCGUGCGGCGAGAUGAAUCGACGGAUCGACUGGCUACCAGGGAGUUUGAAAAACAUUGGGUAGACCGAGAGACUGCAGCGGGAGCGCUACGAACGUGGCAGGGAAGGCCACGGCGGUUAUAUAUUUACGUACGGAUAUGAUUCUCUGGGGCAUUUGGGGAGGGCGACACAAAGAAACAGUCAACAGAAACUAACAAUCGGCUUGAAGCGUAGGGUAUUUGAGGACGAGCGCAGCGGUAGGGGAGAGCAUAUUGCCUACAGAACUAUUUAAUAGCGACGAACAAGAUGUACCACGCGGAGAAAAAGCUAUGCUAAGUUAAUUAAAAUACAUUUACACAUGUUUUCAUUCAUCCGAUAGCUGA